AUGGCUAAUUCCUCCUGUGUCACCGAGUUCCUAUUAGUGGGUUUCUCCAGUCUUAGAGAACUGCAGCUUGUCCUCUUUGUGGUGUUUCUUUGCCUAUAUCUGACCAUCUUGAGUGGAAAUAUCACCAUAAUCUCAGUCAUCUGCUUGGAUCACAGCCUCCACACACCCAUGUACUUCUUUUUAGGUAUUCUUUCUACUUCUGAGAUCUUCUAUACAAUUGUCAUACUGCCCAAGAUGCUUAUCAACCUACUGUCUGUAUUUAGGACAAUCUCAUUCAUGAGUUGUGCCACCCAGAUGUUCUUCUUCCUUGGUUUUGCUGUCACCAAUUGUUUGCUCCUGGGAGUGAUGGGUUAUGAUCGCUAUGCUGCCAUAUGCCAGCCUUUGCAUUACCCCAUUCUCAUGAGCUGGAGGGUGUGUGGACAACUGGCAGCAACAUGUAUUGUUAGUGGCUUCCUAAUAUCUCUGAUGGGAACAACUUUGGUCUUCAGCCUCCCUUUCUGUGGCUCAAACAAAGUUAACCACUAUUUUUGUGAUAUUUCACCAGUCAGCCGUCUUGCCUAUGCUGAAACCUAUGUCAAUGAAUUGGUCAUCUUCAUCUGUGGGGUCUUUGUGCUUAUAGUGCCCCUGAUUUUUAUCUGCAUCUCUUAUGGCUUCAUUGUUCAUACCAUCCUGAAAAUUCCAUCAGCCAAAGGCAAGCAAAAAGCCUUCUCUACCUGUGCUUCCCACCUCAUUGUGGUCAUUGUCCAUUAUGGAUGUGCAUCCUUUGUCUACCUGAGACCUUCAUCCAAAUAUGCAUCAGGAAGAGAUAGGCUGGUGACAGUAACCUAUACUAUCAUCACCCCACUAUUGAACCCCAUGGUAUACAGCCUCAGGAACAAAGAUGUACAGCUGGCCAUUCAGAAGGUGAUUGGGAAGACUGCAUUUUCUCUUAAAACUUCAUGA